UUUCGCACGGAAUGAGGCGCGAUUUUUUAGUCGUGCGGAAGUCUACCUACUGGAAUGCAACGUGUUGCGUUUCUGUGGCGAUGACAGUAGUCGAGUGGUUUCUUGUCACGUUUUUGACUGUACGUGCACUUGGUGAAUGUGUUGAGGAUACUGACUUGAUUGCAAAUGCUACGAACAUUCCACAAGACGAUUACCGCAAAAAGGGAAGGUGCGCUCAGCUGACUGGAGGGAAGUAGUUUGUACAGAACUGACCGAUUAUUUAUUUGAAUCGAAAAACUUCUUAAAAUAGAGUAUAAUAUAAACUCGAAGUUAUUCUUUGGGAGAGCAUUUAAGACACCAUCCAGUAUGUCAAAGUCGGCAAACAUGCUAAGAACGCGACGGAGGGACAACAACGUCAAGCCGAACAGGCGAUUGGACCGAAAGUCAUCGCGUGGAAUGCUUUACGAGAAUGAGGAGCUCAGACUGAAGACAAUUAACAUCAACGCGGAGGUCGAGAGAGGUCAGUCCGAUAUCAAGAAGUUGAAGAGGGAGAAUGACCAAUUGCGCAGGGAGAUUUGGUACCUGAGGGACGAGUACGAUAAGUUGGAUAAGUUGCUCAGGGAAAAGGGCAGUCUGUGUUCGUCGUCGUCAAGUACGGGAUCGAGUGACUCUGAUUCAUGCAGUUCGUACACUGAAGAAUCGGAGGCAGUGGAAACAUCUCAAAAUAUAGAAAACGUGAACAAGACGCACCUGAAGAAGUUGCACGACGACUUCGACCACCUCUCCGUAGUCCAGGAGGAAAAUUCGGGAGAGAACUCCGACAAGAAUUCCCAAACGAACAACUGCACGUGGACGGAAAACUUGCAACCAGACCAAGAUGUAAUCAAAGCGGACCAGAGCUAUCCAAUUUACGCCACCGUCAACAAGGCCGAUCCGACCAAAUCGCCCAUCAGGCACUUCUUCUCGCCCAUCGUCAAGCCGAACGACGAUUACGUCAACAACCAGUUCCUAGGGCCCGAUCUGCCGUAUACCGAGCCGGACUAUUCGGCCGAAAUUUAUUACGAGACGCCGGAAACGGCGCAGUACUCGCGCUUCUCGUCCACGUUAGAUAAAACCAAUCCCGACGUAAUCGUCAAGACUGAUAAUCGGAACUUCAACACGCUAAACAGUUACAGUUCGUUUAGCAACGGGGGCAACCUGGAGGAGUUGCUCAACGAUAUCGAGACAAUUUCGAACGAUAUCCUCACCAUCUCCAACGUCCAAAAUCACCAUUUUCUCCCGUACCAAGACAGCUAUGUUCCAGCAGCCCCCGUUGACAACUACGAGUUUAUUGGAGAUGAGCAGAUCAAGCCCUACAAAAGCGAGCUGAACGUGGUGCUGAUGCCGACGCCCAUGAAACUGAUCGAAAUCGAAAAGUACAAAAACAUCCAAAAAAGUUGCGAGAGCCUCAACCAAAAAUCAAUGGAGAACUGCCACUUCAAGCUAACGCCCGAAAUCCUCACGCCUAGCCUCCUAAUCCCGCCCCACCAAUUUUGCGGAACCCCCCUCCAGCCUUACGUGCCCGUACCCCCCAACUGCCCCGAGCCUCGCAGACGCGAGGAAACCAACCCGUUUUUCUUCGGCCCGAUGCACCAAGCCCCGACCACCUCCGCCGAAACGCCGAGGCUGAAGGAGAGAGAACUGUACAGCUCCAAAGCGAACCUCUUGGAGACGUCGCACUCCUCCGAGCACGUCUCGAGCGAGAACGAGGAGAAACCGCCCGAGCCCCAGACGCCGCUCGACGAGCCACCGAAACACGAGACCGCCAAACCGAAAUCGUCGACCAAGGCGAAGGCGUCGAUACACUUCAAGGAGAAAAAGGAUAGGCCGAAGAUCAAAUCGCGCCUCUUCGACAUAAAGCUGUCAAAAGACCGGCAGCUUCAGAAGACGCCGAGCGUCGAGUCGAAGCUCUCGAUCGCCGAACCGAAGACGCCGACGAGCGCCGACUCGAAAACCUCCACGUCGGAGACGGCCGACGGACCCGAACGCAAGCACAGCAAGAAGGUGCCCAAGCGACAGAAGAGGGGCAAGAAUCGUCGACGGUCGGUUAGUAGAGAGCGUAGCUUUUCCGUUUGCACCGACCGCUCGAACAUUCUCGACCAUCGGAUCGGUUUAUGUAGUGCGUACGAUGAUCUUACGACGUCCGAUCGGGAAAGGACGAACAGCCUGAGCAGCUGCGAUACGUUGAAAGGGCGAAAGAUGUCGGUCACGCACUUUCCGACGGGGAAGAUACCGUGGUGCGGGUGCUGGGGGAACGGGUGUUUGUGACCGGAAGGCGGCCAAUGGAAGACUUCAGUAUUAUUUAGGUUUUUAGAAGUUUUUGUAAUCGAUUACAGUUGUUAAAUAAAGAACGGAGUUAGAUGUUA